AUGCAUCCCCUGUUUGGAAUCUGCUUUGUUGUCUUUCAUUUUCUAUUGCCCUGUACCUCUGCAAUUACUGAUGAGCAAAGUCUUAUAGAUUUCAGGAAAUCUAUCACCUUGGAUCCUCUAAAUUCCUUAGCCAAUUGGGUCCCUACUGUUCACUUCUGCAAUUGGACUGGAGUUACUUGUAAUUCAGCCAGAAACAGAGUGCAAUUGCUUGAGUUGGCAGAUAUGCAAUUAGAAGGUUUAAAGGCUCUCUAUCUUUCAAUCAAUCAUUUACAGGGCUCUAUUCCAAGGAAUUUGACUUCCUGCAAGGAGUUACAAGAAUUGAACCUCGCUGCUAACCAAUUGACUGGAACAAUUCCUCCAGAAUUGAGUAUGCUUACAAAUCUUCGCGUCCUUAAACUCGGCUCCAACAAUCUUUCUGGUAACAUCCCUCCCUCCUUAGGAAAUCUCUCUCAUCUCGAAGUAUUGUAUAUGGAAGAUCUUGAACUUGAAGGUCACAUUCCACAAGAACUGGGAAAGCUAUCUGACUUGACCUCUUUUCUCCUCUUUGAGAAUCACCGUUUAACUGGCCCUAUUCCUUCAUCAAUCUCAAAUUGUUCGGGCUUGAUCGAAUUGGGCCUCUAUAGCAACAGUUUGACUGGUAGUAUUCCACUAGAAUUGGGCAAGCUAUCUCGCCUUACAGUUCUAUAUCUAUGGGACAAUCAGCUGAAAGGCACCAUCCCAGCCACAAUUGCCAAUUGUACACAACUGAGUGAACUUGAUUUGGAGCUCAACCAUCUCAGUGGAGAAGUACCAUUGGUGUUGAGCAGGCUUUCAAAGCUUCAAGCACUGAGCCUAUCGUCUAAUCAACUUGUUAGCGGCAGCUGA